CAAGACUAUGAAGUAGAAAAUAGUAUAACGGGUCAUCAAAUAAACCCGAUAACGGGUCGGAUGACAACUUGCAGUUUCAUCAGAGUAAAAUGGCGGAAAAUCGAAGAAUUAUCCAUUGCUGUAGCAUCAAAGAUAUUUGAGAUGAAUCACUGAAUUUGCAGUCACAAAUUGGAAAUUUAGUGCUGUAAAUCUGCCAUAAGGGAGCGUUGUUUGUCGCCACCAGUUCGAAAUGGAAAAUACUAUUUACAGAACAUGUUCAGUAGAAAACAAGAUAGACUGGCAGUACCCGCUCCAACAUGAAUUACAAAAUUACUGUCCUUUGUUCUCUACAGAACAUAUUCGAGAUCGGUUUAUCCUGUCAAGCAGCUCGGUAACUAUGAUUGACAGCCACGUGCUUGCUGUACAGUGAGUCGGUGACUAGUAAAAGGCUAUGCCGAUGAUAUGGUCCAGUCAAUGUCCUUUACUGUACAUAUCCGCAGGCUGGCAACUGCAGGAAAAGCAGAAUGCAGAAACUCCAUCACGGGUUACCUGGACAAACAUCUUUUCUAUUAUUGACUUAUACUUCUAAGUUAUAACUUCCCUGACAGAGCUAUCUUUUCACUGUUUUCUACGUUAAUUAUCUUUCUGCUAUGUUACAAACAGUUGUGCAUAUAUACAAGACGGUAAUUCCUACUGUAUUGUUCUAUCUAUAAUAAACUGUGGUUGUUUUCUGAGUACCGAUCUACACUGAUAAAAAAAUUAUACUUUUAGAGUUUUAGUGAGCUGAACAUAUAAAACUUCCCGAUUUAUUUGAAUAUGGCUAAUUGGCUAUGCAUCUUUACUCACUUCUCAAGUUCUCAUAAAGGUUUCUAGUCAAUUUGGCCCAUUAUUCUAAGAUUUUGGAGUUAUGUCACUUCGACACCUUUAUCUAUAUCAACCUGUGUUGUGUCGUUUCCAUCACUUGGAUACUUCAUUUCGUGGCCGACUUUGACACGCGGACACCCGAAUCUGAGUUGGCACAUUAUCAUAGUUAGGGACUAGGGAGUAUUAUAACAAAUCUUUCACCAAUACAGUUGUAGCUUAAGUAAGCUAGGAGUAUGAGCUUUGAGUCCUUUGACCUUCUUUCCCUUAAUUUUUUUGUUUUGUUGUUCUUGUCUCGAAUGCUGAUUUCACAGUGUUUCCUUACAUCAAAUAUCAAAAGGUUUUGAUUUGAAAGUAAAGGAGAAAUAUGUCUAACAACAAAUGAUAGUGGUUAGAUUACAGAUAAUAUUGAUUACUGCUGAGAAUAUGGUUCCUCCUUUACUCCUUAUAAGACCCAUUACCUACCCCUCCCUCCGCUUCUCACAGAUAAUGCUACCAAUCAUUAUGAAUUGACAAUGGGUGUUUGGUCAAUUGGGUGGUGUGGCUGGUUCAUUUUAGUGUGAGUCCCCAUUUAAUAUUAUAAAUUCCUUGCUGUGGAGUGUGGAUCAUACUUAUUGAAGUACUUGAUAGCAUACUCUGUGUAACUGUUAAACAUAAUAAAAUACAUAAAACAGGAUGGGGGAGACCGAACUGUCUUCUUCAGAUGUUAAAUUUCAUGUUUGUGUCAUGUUGGAUAGCCACACUAGUAAUUUCCCAGUCACAUUUAUCGAGGUAUCAGUGAUCCUUAUCUUGUAUGCCCCCUUGAAGACUCAUAAAUCAUGAAUAGGUGAUUUUUUUUGGGGUUAUAGAAUUGGAAAUGAUUUCCCAGUUUGUUUGAUAUGGAUUAUGGAGGAGUUGGGUAGAAAUUUAAGUGAGAUACUUUUUCAUGUUUGGUGUUGGAAAAACAUCGGAUGUAGAAUUUGCUUAAUUCAACUUAUAUUGUCUUAUUUUAUCGGAACUUAUCUUAUCUUAUCAUAUCUUAUUCUUUUUUGAAAUAAGUUAAGAUAAGUUGAACACAACAAAACCUUAGUAGCUAAAGAAGGAAAGUGGAAGAGAAAUCCUUCUUAUAGGAUGCGCCAUCCCUUCUUUUCCUCUCAAUGUAGGAGGAAUUGCGUAAAUGAUCAAUAAAUGGUUCACUCCACACUUUGUUGGCCUCUUGUAAAGAAGCAAAAACAUGCUUAAGGCAUGCCUGGACGGCAUGCUGAAGCCAAGACGUUGGAAGUCGAGCACUUUCAUUAGGCUAAGCGAAGAGUUUUUAGAGGCGACAGGGUUCAAAAUCAAAACAUUUAUAGAAUAGGCGAAGUGUUAAAGAGACACAAAAGGCACACAUCGAACAAACUAUUUUACUCCAUUUUUUCGAUUUACUGUAGCUCACGAUCAUGCCUGUGCUUUGUGCCUAGGCUCUUGAAUUCUUAUCACAUUAGUACACCUUGAGCUUUUCUAAACCCUGUUCUCACUAGAUUUUUUUUUAUAUAAUUAGCUAAAUAAACAUUAGAUUUCAUUAAAUUCCUUGUAUUGUACAAAAUGCAGGAAAACGAAGUUCCUGAAUUCUUCCUCUUCAUUUCUUUCCUUUGGCUAUAAUAAAACCAAACACACUGUCAGUAAUUUAGUUUCACACAAUUGUUUGUACUCUCAUUAGUGGGACUAUGGGAGUGUGAAAACAAACUAAAGACGUGCUAAAGUCACUAUUGCGCCAUGAGUUUUAGUGAUUAGAAUCUUUUUCUCUUUCCUCACUAUUUAGUUGAAACUUUGCUACAUUUAAUUGUAUGGACAAAAAAACUUUCUAUAGGGUUUAGCUUUUUAUCAUUUGUUCCCUCUGUCUCUCUACUGUUGCCAUCUGUCAUUAACACACUUGGUUCACCUUUUUCCCAUACUUCUAAAGCACCAAACUGCAUUAUAAACCCACUCACAAAAGCUGAAGGGUGUCUCAACUCUGAAACUUUUUGUUCUGUUUUCUUUUUAUCUGCUUCUUUUUUCUCAUAUAGAUUCAUAAUAUGGCAAGAACAUACAGUAAAGUGAGUUUUUUAUCCAUUCUAAUUCUGGUUCUUGUAACUCUUUGUAGUUGUGACAUAAACAAGGAUAAGGAAGAGUGUGCAAACCAAUUAGUUGGGCUUGCAACUUGUCUCCCUUAUGUUGGUGGGCAAGCUAAGGCUCCAACUCAAGACUGUUGCACUGGUCUUAAACAAGUGAUCAAGGCCAGCAAGAAAUGUGUGUGUAUCUUGAUCAAAGAUCGCGACGAUCCUAGCCUUGGCUUGAAGAUCAACGCUACUUUAGGUCUUACCCUUCCUCAGGCAUGUCAUUUGCCUGCUAGUGACAAUGUUGAUCAAUGUCCAGCCCUUCUGCAUUUGCCACCCAACUCUCCAGAUGCUAAGAUGUUCACUGAUCUUGCUAAGCGUGCUGCUGCAGUCAACAGUAGUGCUCCAACUUCAAGUGCUAAUUCAACAAGUGCUGGUGGAGCGAGCGCCAAGGAAAAGAGUGAUAGUACAACGGGAAAAAGACAAUUGUUAGCUCAAAUGUUAUGUGGAAUCUUGCUUUUGUGUUUUGUGUCACACCUUGACUUUUAACAUCAUUCAGGACAUAUAUUAUGCUCAUUAUGUUGUGGUUAGUGGUUACAGAUCAUUAAGAAUUAAAAUGUAUUUUCACCUUUCUCAUUUUUUACUCUAAGAGGACUGAAAUGAUACUUAUAUUUCUAAUGCGAUCUGAAUAAUAUUAUUAUUAUUUUUCA